AUGUUCGGGAACAGCAACCCACCCCCGGCCAAUACCGCGGAGGCUUCGCCUCCCGCAAAGUCCACCAAUCCCCCGGCUCCCCCACCCAUCGAUACGGCCGCAGUGACCCCGCCGCCCUUGGAGAAAAAGAGGAGGGGGUCCAUUUCCAAGGCUUCGGCCUUCAUCGCAUCCGCGAGGAACUCGCUAUCCGGUUUGGGAGGUAGCAGCGAGGAGAAGGAAUAUGAAAAGGCCAUGAAGCAGGACCCGAGCACGGUCCCCGUUGGUCCCCACAACAACUCGGCCGGAGACUCGAGACCGGGGCCAAAGAGUACAUUUAGGGUUGGGGUGACGGAGGACAAGAACAAGAAGUGCAGGAGAACCAUGGAGGAUACGCAUUCAUACCUGUACAACUUCUUGCAGACCUCGGCGUCCAACCCUCCGGGAACUUCCUCUUCAACGGGCACGGCUGCUUCCGGUACCGACUCCUCCCUAUCGAAUGAGGAGCCGGUUGACGACUCGGACAAUGGUUACUUUGCGAUCUUUGAUGGACAUGCAGGAACAUAUGCGGCUGAUUGGUGUGGCAAGAAGUUACAUUUGGUGCUUGAGGAGACGAUCCGGAAAAAUCCCAAUACACCCAUACCGGAGCUCCUUGAUAUCACCUUCACCAAUUGCGACGGCCAGUUGGAGAAACUACCUGUAAAGAAUAGCGGCUGCACAGCUGUUUGUGCCGUCUUGAGGUGGGAGGAGAGGAGAUCACCUAACGCUCUUGCCGAGGCCCCAAAAGAGAAUGGGAGCGGUAGUAGUGAGAACGCCAAGCCUGCUGCAAUCCAACAAAGUGAGAGGCAGAGAGUGCUAUAUACCGCCAACGUAGGAGAUGCCAGAAUUGUUCUUUGUAGGAGCGGGAAAGCCUUGAGAUUAAGUUACGAUCAUAAGGGAAGUGAUGAGAAUGAAGGGAAACGUGUUGCCAACGCCGGUGGACUCAUACUGAACAAUCGUGUCAAUGGUCGGUUCCCGUCCUUCCUUGUCCGAGAUAUCUGGAAUGGGUUCGGGGGUGUUUAUGGCUAACUUCUGCGGCCGAGCAGGAGUUCUCGCUGUAACCCGUGCUUUGGGUGAUAGCUAUAUGAAGGAGCUUGUCACCGGACACCCUUAUACCACCGAGACGGUUCUCCAACCCGAAGCAGAUGAGUUUAUCAUUCUCGCUUGUGAUGGGGUUUGUUCCGCAUCUUGAUCGACCCUUUAUACGAUUGCUGAUACAGUACCAUAUAUGUAUAUAGCUAUGGGAUGUCUGUUCGGACCAGGAAGCGGUCGACCUCGUCCGCCAGGUUCAGGACCCCCAAGAAGCCAGUAAAAUGCUCGUCGACUAUGCCCUCGGCAGAUUCUCGUCCGACAACUUGAGCUGCAUGAUCGUCCGUUUAGAUCCCACUGGGAAGUUUAACGGCAUAAAGAGCAAUGAUAGUAGCGAACCCAAGGAAGGCGCCCCACCACCUCCAGCUCAAAAGUCCUAA